AUGGGGUUCGCGGAGAUCCUCGGGGGGCUGCGGGAGCGCGCGGAGCGGCUCCUCACGGAGCCCAGCCCGCUGAGCUCCGUCCUGGGACGGCUGGAGGAGAGCACCGGCGUGAGGAGGAAGAUCCUGGCCCUCGGGGCAGUGUCUCUAACUGGACUCUAUCUGGUUUAUGGAUACGGAGCCUCUCUCCUUUGUAACCUCAUCGGCUUCGUCUAUCCUGCGUAUUACUCUGUGAAGGCCAUCGAGAGUGAGAACAAAGAGGACGACACCAAGUGGCUGACCUACUGGGUGGUCUAUGGGGUCUUCAGUCUGGGGGAGUUCUUCUCUGAUAUCUUCCUCUACUGGUUCCCCUUCUACUAUGCCUUCAAGUGCCUGUUCCUGCUGUGGUGCAUGGCCCCGGUGGCGUGGAACGGCUCCCAGGUGAUCUACAACCGGGUGGUGCGGCCGUUAUUCCUGCGCCACGAGGCCGCGGUGGACGGCAUGAUGAACGACCUCAGUGGGAAGGCCAUGAGCGCCGCCGAGGCCAUGACCAGAGAAGUACUUUGUACUCUGCUGAAGAACCAGUCUCUGUUGACCCCGCCUUCAGCCCAGAUGGGCCGGGACCCCCAGAAGAGCUUACCCAGCCCGGCGGACCCCCAACCGGACCCCCGCACGGACACCCCGCCUGAACGCCCCCCGUUUCUGGGCUAA